AAAUUUUCAGUUAUAAGAUAAAUGAGAGGUUAGCUCUCUCAGCGUCCAACACAGCCGCGGUGCAUGCUUAGCCGCUGCGGCCGCCGGCUGCUGCACGUCCUAGGCCUUAGCUUUCCGCUGCUGACCGGCCGGCCACUUUUCCUCUUCCCGCAUCGCUUCAUGAAGCCGCAGGUCGUGUUCGUUCUCGGCGGUCCCGGCGCCGGCAAGGGGACCCAGUGUGCUCGCAUCGUUGAGAAAUAUGGCUACAUACACCUUUCUGCAGGAGAACUUCUCCGUGAUGAAAGGAAAAACCCAGAUUCACAGUAUGGUGAACUCACUGAAAAGUACAUUAAAGAUGGAAAGAUUGUGCCAGUUGAGAUAACCAUCGGUUUGUUAAGGAGGGAAAUGGAUCAGACAAUGGCAGCAAAUGCUCAGAAGAAUAAAUUCUUGAUUGAUGGGUUUCCAAGAAAUCAGGACAACCUUCAAGGCUGGAAUAAGACCAUGGAUGGGAAAGCUGAUAUAUCUUUUGUUUUGUUUUUUGACUGUAAUAAUGAGAUCUGUAUUGAACAAUGUCUUGAGAGGGGAAAGAGUAGCGGUAGAAGUGAUGACAACAGAGGGAGCUUGGAAAAGAGAAUUCAAACCUAUCUUCAGUCAACAAAGCCAAUUAUUGACUUGUAUGAAGAAAUGGGGAAAGUCAGGAAAAUAGAUGCUUCUAAAUCUGUUGAUGAAGUUUUUGAUGAAGUUGUGAAGAUUUUUGACAAAGAAGGCUAACUCUGAACCCGAAAGCAUCCUUGAAGUCAUGCUUGAAUAUUGCUUUGAUAGCUGCUAUCACAACCCCCUUUUAAGGCAAUUUUAAUGUUUCAUAAUUAUAUCUCAGUUAAUGGCUGGAAAGUAUGUAGUAAGACAAAUUAAAUUUUUUUAUCUUCAAUUUAAAAAGAUUUUUUUUUUUUGGUCACGGGAGUAGACAGUGAAUUUGAGUCUAACUUCAUCUUAGCUAUGGUGCUCACAAAACAAAGAAGGGUAUUAAGUAGUUCUUUGUUUUUAUUCAGAAAAAAUAUCCCUUAUAUAGUUUGUGCCUUUUGUGAGCAAAACUUUUUAGUAUGUGUGAAUAUCCCUGUAGUAACUGCAAUAUGUUUGAAUUAGGGAUUCCCCAUGUCUUCUUUCCCUUGCAGGUUUUAAAUUUCCAACCUGCGUAAGUGAAUUUGUGGACCAAAUUCCAAAGGAACUUUUUGUGUAGUCAGUUCUUGCACAAUGUGUUUGGUAAACAAACUCAUAAAAUUAAGUCUUAGAAGUGUUUUAGUAUUUAUCAAAUAACUGACUGUUUCCUAUAGAAA